CCCUGCUCCAAGACGCACCUCUUCUUCCCUUUGAUUCCCAGACAAUGGAAAGCCAUUUGAGGCGAAAGAGCUCUAAAAUCGAGUUCUCUCGAGGACCAGUGCACACUCACUAUGCACACAGUGUCAGCGGAGGAGCAGGUGGACGUGGAGUCCGCAUCUCCACAACCAGUGGGCUUGGUGGAUAUGACUACCAUUCCCUGCCCAACACUGGAGCCAUGGCUAUCGGAAAUGAGAAGAUCCACAUGCAGCAUCUGAACGACCGCCUGGCCAGCUAUCUGGAGAAGGUGAGGAGCCUGGAAAAGACCAACAGCAGUCUUGAGAUCAAGAUCAGGGAGGUCAUCGAGAAGAGAGGCCCCUUGGAGGGAAGAGACUACGCCAAGUACUACACCGUCAUUGCAGAGCUGAGAGCCAAGAUUUUCGACAUGAUCAAGGCAAACGCUCAGUUGACCAUCUCUGUGGACAACGCACGCUUGGCGUCUGAUGACUUCAGAGUGAAGAUGGAGUACGAGAUGGGCAUGCGCCAGACUGUUGAGGCUGAUCUGGCUCGACUGAGGAAGGUGCUGGACGACACCAACGUGGCUCGUCUUCACCUGGAGAGCGACAUUGAGUCUCUGAAGGAAGAGCUGAUCAACCUGAAGAAGAACCAUGAGAUCGAUGUUGCUGAACUGCGCAGGCAGAUCACCGAGGCCAGCGUCCAUGUUGAUGUGGACGCUCCCAAGGGUCAGGACCUGGCCAGAAUCAUGGAGGAGAUGAGAGCGAAGUAUGAGAUGAUCGCCCUGAAGAACCAGGAGGAACUCAAAGCGUGGCACGAGUCUCAGAUGACAGAAGUCCAGGUUCAGGUGUCGGAACAGACGACAGCUCUGAAAGAUGCCGUUGCUAUACUGAGCGAAACAAGGCGGAAGCACCAGGCUUUGGAAAUUGAGCUGCAGUCAGCACACAGCCUGAGAGCGGCUCUGGAGGCCACCCUGCGUGACAUUGAGGCGCGGCACAACAUGGAGAUGGAGAAGUUGAACGCCAUCAUCCUGAGGCUGCAGGAGGAGCUGUCGCGCAUCCGUGCCGACAUCCAGCACAACACCCACGAGUACGAACUCCUGCUUAACAUCAAGGUGAAGCUGGAAACUGAGAUCGCCGAGUACAGACGGCUGCUGGACGGCGGUGACUUCAGACUUCAAGAUGCUCUGGAUCAGAAGCUGGUGCAAACCAAAGUGGUGACGCUGACUCAGACUCUGGUCGAUGGCAAAGUGGUGUCUGAGAGCAAAGACGUCAAAGCCACUGAGAAGACUGUAACCAACUGAAAACUGAACCACUGACAACCCUGGAGAGUCAAAUAAA